CGGGCGCAGCGAGCGGCGUUAUGGAAGCGGAAGUCUGUCCCGCCUAAAGGUCCCUCCUUCCCAAAAUGGCGGCGUCGGGGCUGAAGGUGGCCCUGGUCCCCUACAUCCUCCCCGAGCGCUGCUACGAGGAGCUCGUCGUCAACCUCAACCUCCUGCACGUGCCCUGCCUGAAGGCCUUCCUCAGCAAAGUCCUCGGACUGGGCGUGGUGGCCGGUUCGCUCGUGGUGAAAAUGCCCCAGAUCCUGAAGAUCCUGGGGGCCAAGAGUGCAGAGGGCCUGAGCUUCCAUUCCAUCCUGCUGGAGCUGGUGGCCAUUAGCGGCACUAUGGCCUACAGCCUCGCCCACGACUUCCCCUUCAGCGCCUGGGGAGAGGCCCUCUUCAUCAUGAUGCAGACGGUGUCCAUCGGCUUCAUGGUGCAGCAUUUUGGGGGCCACACGAGACGUGGGCUGGCCUUCCUCUUCAUCUACCUCGCCCUCCUGUCUCUCCUGCUCUCCCCGCUGACUCCGUCCAUCCUGGUCACCACGCUGCAGGUGUCCAACAUGCCCACUGCGGCCACCGGCAGGCUCCUUCAAGCUGCCACCAACUACCAGAACGGGCACACCGGCCAGCUCUCGGCCAUCACAACUUUCUUGCUCUUUGCUGGCUCCUUGGCACGCAUCUUCACGUCCAUCCAGGAGACGGGCGACCUGCUGAUGGUGCUGACCUACAUGGUCUCCCUGGCCUGUCACAGCCUCAUCCUGGGACAGGUGAUCUACUACUGGGAUGCUACGGGCAGGCUCAAGAAAGAGUGACCGGCUCGCUGACGUCCACCACCGCCUGUGGGCUGCGAUGCCCGCAGGGUGACCUCAAAGAUGGCUGCCUGCCCAUUGCACCUUCUUCCUCCUGCGUCCAGGGAAGCGGUCUCCCCUUCCCCAGGAGUUUCACAGGACUUUUGAUGGCCCACCGCAGGGCAGUGUGGCUGCACCAGACUGCUGCUUUCUUUAUUUGAGGGAGGUGUGUGUGUGUUUGGGGGGGGGGGUGAGGGGUCUUUCCUUGCUUACGUCCCCCUUUUGCAAACAAAAGAGAAGCUGUGUGCAAAAUG